AUGAAAUACACAAGUUACAUCUUAGCUUUACAGCUUUGUGUGAUCUUUUCUAGCUGCUAUGGCCAGUCCACAAUUUUCAACGAAACAGAAAAACUGAAGAGAUAUUUUAAUGCAACCAGUUCAGAUGUAGGGAAUGGUGGACUUCUUUUCUUAGACAUUUUAACGAAUUGGAAAGGGGAGAGUGACAUAAAAAUAAUUCAGAGCCAGAUUGUCUCCUUCUACUUCAAACUCUUUGAAAACAUUGAAGAUAACAAUACCAUUCAAAAUAGCCUGAAUAUUAUCAAGGAAGAGCUGCGUGUUAAAGUCUUCAACAGCAGCAACAGCAAAAUGGAAGACUUCAAGAAGCUAAUUCAAAUUCCAGUAAAUGAUCAGAAGGUCCAGCGCAAAGCCAUAAGUGAACUCUUCAAUGUGAUCACUGAGCUGUCAAAAUCUAACACAAAGAUGCGGAAAAGGCGUCAGAAUCUGUUUCGUGGCUGGAAAGCAUAG